AUGGCUAGCCCUCCCUUAUUCACCGCAGUUUCCACCUCUGCAAGGCAAUUACACCUUCUCCUCCGAUGUAUAUCAUUCUCCCCACGAGCAGAAGUCCAAAUAACGCAUUCUGGCAUAAGAUUCUCUGUCGAAGAAGCUCGGGUAGUUCAAGGCCUCACAUUUCUUGACAAGGCACUGUUCUCUUCCUACAAUUUGAAUCUGACCGACGAAGACCAGUUGUUGCCACCGUUUUCCAUCUCAAUCGUCGCCUUGCUCGAAACACUUCAGAUAUUCGGCAUAGCUGAAUCCACAUCUUCUGCUCGAAAUCCAUAUGGUGGAUUUUCCUCAUCAUAUGGUAAUGCUUUCAACGCUCCUGCUCUGGCAGUAGGAGGAACAUGCCGAAUCUCAUACCAGGAAGUUGGCGCGCCGCUCACCAUCACCAUCCAAGAGGGUUCUGUAAUGACAACGUGUGAGAUGAACACGUACGAAGCUCACGAGGGUUACGAGGACGAUGGUGGAAUCCCACUUGAUCGAGAGUCCCUGCGCUUGAGAGCCAUCAUGCGAAGCACUUGGUUGCACGAUGCUAUAACUGAGCUUGCAGGGACGAAUCCGACGACCCUGGUCCUUAAUGCUUGCACUAAUUCACCUCCCUUCUUUGCCCUGGCCGGUGAAGGAGGUCCUUUCGGGGACAGCACUGUAGACUUUAUGCCGGAGGCCAAGAACGAGCCGACGCCGAGCGGUGCCAGAGGCAAGAAGCAGCCUCUUGUGAUGGAAACAUUUUCUGUGGGAACCCCUACCAGGCCGAUCAGAAUAAGGCAGAGAUACAAAUUUGAUAUGAUCAAGAGAGCCGGAAGGGCCAUGGCUCUGGCGAGUCGAGUCAGCAUCCGACAGGACCGACAAGGAGUACUCAGCCUGCAAUUCAUGAUUGAUCUUGGCGAUGGAGCGAACUCGGGUCCGAAGCGAGACGAAGGAAAUGGCGGCAUCGAUGUGCCACCGUCUCCUGGAAGUGUUGCUUUCGUCGACUUCAGGUUUGUUCCACUGAUUGGCGAUGAGGAUGAUAGUCGCAGUGGGACGGAAACAGAGAGCGAGGAAGACGACCCGCCUGGAUAG